AUGCCAGUGGUCAAUUCACGUUUUCUAAACCCUUACUACAACCCACUAGCACACUGGGAUUCUGAGAAUAUACUACCGCGAGGGGGUCCGACCCCUGUUUUCAUGCCUGAAUUAAGUUGUCUGUAUUCUACUCAACUGGAUCUCCCGCAUAUACAGGAUAGCGUGGGCGAUAACCCGCCAGCGACAGAAAUGGUUUCGUUGCUGCAAGCACAAGUAGAAAUGAAGUUGUGGAGACCACAACAAAAUAUGCCUUGGAAUCCAACACUUUCGUACGCACAAAACCGAUCGACUUGCAAGGAAUAUUCGAAUUUGGAGAAUCGCCAGCUGUCCUGGAUUAGUGGCAGAACACAAAGCACCCGCAUAUCUUCUCACUCAUCAAACUCAAGCCGACAUGCGAAAUUCUAUAGAUCAAAUCUAAUCUCUGCAAUGAGUGUUCUCUCUAGAGGCUCGUCUAUAUCAAGAAAUUCUCAAUCCGUCAGUGAUCAGGAGUGGUGGACUAUGGCGGUAGACGAUUCUGAAAUGACAGUCAAGUCCUCACCAGACCGUUGUCGAUUUGAGUCUGCUAGGUCCUUGUUCCAUCGACGAUGUUGUGGGCUUAAACUCCCACUGGAAAAUUGGAGCUGCAGUGAGCGCUGUUCAACUUGUGGAUUUGCUAUUGUAAGAUUACACCAUAUCGCAAGAACUGGCCAGGAAAUGUUACCUCUUAACAGCACAGGAGACAUUGUCACCCAAGACAAUUUCGGCAAUACAGCGUUACAUCAUGCGGCAGCGGCAGGAAACAUUCAAUAUAUCGAGCAUGUACUCAAAUUCAUCAAACCACACACCGUCUUGUCUAUGGGCUCCCAAAUAGUUCUGGAGAGACUUUCUUACAUGUUCUUCGAGAGCCCAUGGACGUCUUUAGUGCAUGCUUUCCUGCGCAUCUGGAGAUAUACGCCUUGCUGGUACGCAGGACAAAUGACUUUCAUGGAACGUCAUUUGUAG